UCAUAAGCACGGAUGACUUUCUGCACGCUAUUUUCCACUGGUACCAGUCUCUGGUUACGUCCCAUUGUACAAAAGUUCAAUUUACUUGGUUGGUUGACUUAGCUUACAAGCCCUCCCAAGUACUGUUUAAAGAUUUCAGAUUUAACAGUGUAUUUGUACGUCCGACUCCUGUAUAUUACCGUCAUAAUCGAUUCAACUACGACUCAACGAGCUUAUAUGUAAUCCCCGUCAAAGCAACCUAGAUGCCAUAAUGCUAACGGAAUGCUACCGACCAACAACUAUUCUCGACGAUGUCGAACUGGUACAUCCUCAUUAGCUAUUCAAAGUCCUGGAAGUUACUUAUCACGACCUAAAUUACCAUUCAAAUCUUAUUACUCUAAACCGAAAAGUAAUUUUUAUUUUAAUCAUAUUGAAAAUGCACCUUUUGGAAGACCAAAACGUUUCAAACUAAAGAAAUUAAAUUAUAUACAAAAAAUGGAUAUUAAUAAAAAAAAAAUACCUGAUUAUACAGAAACAGCUUACAGAGAAGCAGUAUCACGUUUGAAAUAUUUACUAGCUGAAUCUUACACUCCAAGAGGAUCUGGUAAAAUAAUGCGAGAAAAAAAUAUUUAUAGACGAAGUAAUACAAAGUUGCAUGAGUCAGCGGAUGAUACAGAUGACAGAAGUGUAGUAAGUGAUUGUUCAAAAGGUUUUCCAGGUAAUUUAUCAUCAAGAACUAAUACAGGAUUAGUAUUAGACAAACGUCUGCCAAUUACUUCGGUAUUGAGCGGCGAUAAUUCACAAAUGACACCGAAAGAAAUGUCAACAUUUAUAAUACGUCAGGAAGAAUAUAUUGAGCAGUUGGAAUCUGAGUCUCAGUACUGUAAGGAAGAAUUAAAAAAUUUGCUCGGUAAAAUCCGUGAUGUUGUGGCGGAAAACGAGGCGCUGCAUGAUAAAAAUAAGACGGUGUUGCUUAAAUCAUUUUUAAAUGAAUAUGACAGUCAAGAUGAAAAUAAAAGAGACAAGUCGGUGGAUGUUGAUCACAUUCAGUCUAGUCCUGGUAAAAAAAUAAAAUUACAUCAGUUAAUUGAGGGCCCGAGUAUAAUGUAUGAGUCGCGAAUCAGUGAACUGGAGGCACAGUUGACUCAAGCGAAAAUAGAACUGAAGAAAGCUCUGGAAGAGAGUCAGGCUGGUAGUAAAAAGUUUACGGAUGCUAUUGAUACCAGUCCAGAGACUGUCCAUCAGUUGGAUCAGGUGAUGAAAGAAAAACGCGAAUUGUCUGUUAAGUUGGAGGAGACAUUGAGAAAUUUACAAGUCGCGCGUGAUCGCGAGGCUGAGGCAACGCUGAAAGCUAAACGCGCCAUAGAUUCUAUUCAGCAAACGGAGUUUGAAAAAUGUCAAGCAGAAUCGGAAAUUCGUAGACUAAAAGAUGAACUAGAGAGACAACGGGAUAAAAUCCGGGAGGCUACACAAGAAACGUCUCGACGGCUGGCAGAUGAGAGACAUCAAGUCGAAAGACGUUAUGGUCAACAAGUUGAGCAGCUUUCAGCUGACGUCGCGACUCACUGGGACGCUGCCUCCAAGUCUCAGUUGGAGAUUGAGAGACAGCGGAGAGAAAUUUUGGAUUUGAAGAGAGAAUUGGCUCAGAAGCAAGCGCUAAUUGAUGAUCUCAAGAAGGAAUUACACAAUAAAAUUUCAAAUUUACAAAGUGAUUUAAAUCAAAUGGCAGCUGAGAAAGAUGCAGUCGAGCAAGAAGUCGCAACGGCAAAAUUAUCAGCAGAAAGAAGUGAAAGACACGCCAAGCAAGAGCAAAGUCGUUGGCAAACAGAAAUAAAUUCUUACAAGCAAAGAUUGGAACGCGCUGAUGCUGAUAUUGUUCAUUGCCGACGUGAAAAUUUACGAUUAUCUGAACAAAUUGCUUCGUUAGAAAAAGAACUGAAUAUGGUUAAAAUAAUUCGCGCUGACAGCCAGACACCAGCAGCUACACCUCGGCUGGAUAAUGAAAAAGAUUUGACAUCAAUGAUAAUGGACAUGGAAACAAAACAUGCUACCACAGUUGCUGGUCUUGAAGAUGCUCUCAGCAAUCAGGCUAUGCUCGUCUCACAACUGUCUGCCGAAUGCCAAUCUCUCACACAGCGUUUGGAUGCUAACAAUCUCACGCACAAGGAAGAAAUUGUCAACUUACAGGAAAAAAUAAACGACUUGACAAAUAAAAUAAAAGAAUCAUUUGAAAAUAAAAAAGGACAAUCAGUGUCAUCAGAAAUCCCCCUGAAGUCACAAAAAAAUUCCACAGCAAAUCAAAAUAUUAAUCAGAAUACAAACCCCGAGUAUGACAUCGAUCAAAAUAAUUAUCAACAAGCUUACAAUGGAGAAAAUAAAAACACCGAGGCGGAAGUACCGCAGUAUGGAUUACAAGACAAUCAAAAUUACCAAGACUACACAGCACAUGAUCCUAACUAUCAUGGUGAAUAUACAGCUGAAGAUUAUCAGCAGUACGAGCAGUACGACCCGUCACUUUAUCCCGAAUCAAACCAGGGUCUAAAUAAUCAAGCUGAUCAACAGCAGUAUGAAAGUUAUCCCACAAAUAAUUAUGAUAAUCAACAAGAACUUCCGCUUGAACAAAAUAAUGAUAAUGUUUCUUAACAGUCGUAGAUAACUUAAAAUAAUAUAUCAUACUUGUUUUAAUUAAUCACUUAAUUAUAAAUUAUCAUAACAAAAAAUAAUAAUAAUUUACUUAAUUUAAAAUCAUGUCCAGAUCAACUUAAUAAAAUGAUAAAUUAAUAGGAUGAACAGUAAAUUAAAAUUUAUAAUUUUAUUUUGAGCAUAUAUUGAACGUUUCGUCCCUUUAUUGGGACUUAUUCAGCAACUUGAUCAUAUAAAAUCGUCUACUGAAUGUUUUUGAUACGUCAUCAUGUUUAAUGAUGUAAUAAUUAGCAUUUUAACUCUGCGUUUGUUUAUUGGGUCUUUGGAGGAGCAGUCAAUUUUUUAAAAAUUAAGUUUUUUUAUUAUUCUUAAAUUUUUGUUAAUAAAAAUUUUACUUUUGACUUUGGAAACUUCUGGGCCAUGUACUAGACACUUCAAGAAGUAAUCCAGAAUUUUUUAAAGCCUAGAAACUGAAAACUUGACUGUUCCCUAAAAGACCUAGUACAGACUGUGUCUCGAAUAAUAUUUUUCUAUCCAACUUACAUUUUAUUUAUUUAUUCAAAAUUUAAAAAAAUUGACACUUGUCAGUUACAUUUACACUCAUCAAAAUUAAAUUAUAAAUUUUAAUUUACUGUCCACUCCCUUAUAAAUUUAUCACUUUUAUAAUAAUAAUAACAACAAUAAAAAAAAAUGUAGAUGCUUGAUUAUUAGACGAGUGUAAUUGUAGACAAUGAAAAAAUAUAUAAUAUGUUAUCAGUAGAUUAUAUUUAAACGCAAACUUUUUUCCCGCGUUAAAUUUAAAUUUCCCGAUAACCCGCGAAACUGUCCGAUUGAUUAAAUUCAACGCGCAUAUGUGCUCUUAUUUUAUUUUAUACUUAUACGUAUGUAAUAUGUUUGUUUUUUUUUUACAUGCUGUUUUGAGAGGAUACUACGCGAAAGCAGAUUUUAAUUUUAUGUAUAAAAGCAAAUAAAAUUACAUAUUUAUAUAUACUCAUGUAUAAAUUAAAAAAGAUAAG